AUGGCAUUCCCACCCAGGUUCAAAGGCCACCGCAUCCUCUCCAUCGAGGCGUCCUCGACCUCGACCGAUGAACCCCUCCACACGCUCGAGUUCUAUCUCGACUAUGUCUGCCCCUUCUCAGCCAAACUUUUCAAGACCCUCACGAAAUCCGUCAUCCCUUACAUCCGCGCCAACCCGCAGCUCGCGUCUCGUGUACAGUUCAUCUUUCGCCAGCAGAUCCAGCCGUGGCACCCGUCGUCAACCUUGGUGCACGAGGCCGCCCUAGCAGUGCAGCGGCUGGCACCGGAUCACUUUUGGAGCUUCUCAGCGGUUCUGUUCGAGCACCAGGCGAACUAUUUCGACGAGAAAGUUGUUAACGAGCCGCGAAAUGCGACAUAUGCGCGGCUCGCCAAGUUAGCAGCGGGGGCAGUUCCUGGAUUGAAUGAACACGAGAUCUACAAACUGCUUGAAAUCAAGGAGGCAGGCGCAGAAGGGCCAAAGAACCAGGGGAAUGCAGUCACGAACGACGUCAAGACCAUCGUCAAGAUGGCCAGGCUUGUUGGGGUGCACGUAACGCCGACGGUGGUGUUCAACGGGGUUGUGGCAGGGGAGAUUAGUAGCUCUUGGACGGAGGAGCAGUGGGCUGAGUGGUUGGAAAAGAACAUCGUUUAA